UGUCAUACCAGAUAUUACCCCAACUAUUGGACUAACAACACCGACUCGACAUGCAUUUACUAUGCUGGUGUUCCCAGUGUCAUUCAGGCUGCGAGGCAUUCCUAUAUUGAAGCUGCACUGUUGGAACUUUUUGCUGCAAUGAAAGUCUUUGGAUGGAUGUCUAGCAUGAACUGUGCUCGUGUGUACAACUAUGCACUUGCUCGACGGCAUGGCUACAUCUCGAACAAUAGAUGCGCUUUUGAUGCUACACUUCCACAAGCUUUUGAUGAGGAAUUUUCAUGGCAGUAUACCCUUCGAAUGCGCGACACUGACGUCCUGAAUGGUUUUUUUAUUUACUCACUGCUACUGGAGAAGGCAGAGAAUAACAGUUGCCUUGUUCUCCCCCACGAUGAGCAACAAUGGAUCCAAAUUGAUGUUGCGCUGAGUGAGCGCAACAAAGAAAUGGAAGGUAUUGGGCAGGAAGCAUACCCGCAUGCCUGUGACUUAUGCUUCAUUGUUAUUGGUGACGACGACUCAAAAUGUAAGUCAAUUGUUUGUCAGAUGUGCGGCGUCAUGCUCAGAUUGAUUACAUGCCAUGGUGAAAAUUCAAGCAGCUGUUUGUGA